UUGGUUUGCAUCAUGUUGCCCUUUCGUCUGUGUCAGCAACAUGUGCAUCCAAACUACUUAUCCAAACUGAUUUUUGUACGGCAAAUCAAGACAGGCUACCAAGCAGUCGAUACUUUAGCUGAUAAAGCCACGUUUGGUAAAAUUGACAGCGUAAUCCAGUGGUAUGAGGACAAAUUCGGUCUGUCGGAAGUCCGGAGAGCACAGGAAGAAGCCAUUAAGGCUCGUCAAAGAUGCAUGGACCUUCAAAAGAAAAGAAUAGAGAACGUUAAAGAAUACUUAGAAAUUCAGAAAGAAAUGGAGAGUGUUGUAAAAGAAAUAAUGCAAACAGAAAGAGGAACAGAUCGAUAUGUACAGCUAGCAAUACAAGAAAACGAAAUAAUCAAAAGGAAAAAUGAGGUAAAACCUCUUCUAGAAAUGAUGGAAGAGGAAGAAAAAUUAGCAUUUGAUUAUUACAAUUCCAAAGUGAGUGAGAGCCAUGAAAAAGAAAGAUUAAGGACAGAGAACUUUAAGUUGUACUAUCUUUGUUGGUCCAUAGCUGCUGUAGGUUUAGGUUUAUUAGCUAAUUUCAUUUACAAUCGACACAAAAAUAAAGAGUUUAGGGAUAUAGUUCUAUCUGCUACUGGCUCAGCAGAUGACUACAAAAAGAUGACCACCGACUUGAUAAAGAUUGUACAAGACCAGCAGAAAGAGGUUCGAGGAUUUUUCAAUGAAGUCAGGGGUGCUCCAGUGGAUUCUAAAAGUCUCCAAGCUACAGCUCAUAUACAGAAUUCACAAAAUAUUUCUGAUGUUCUGAAAGGAAUUAAAAGUAAUCAUGAACUUUUGAUAAAGGAACUAGGUGAUGUGAAGAAAGUUAUGGGAGUUCACAAAGCACAGACAAAUGCUGAUAAUGUGGUGUAUGUGGGACCAGAGGUCAAGGACUUAUUAAGUGAAACAGAAAGCAAUAUUCAGUGGACCGUAAAAAUUGGCAGUUUAGCAUCUGUGACAUUUCUUUAUGGUGCUCUUGCUUUGACCAUUCCUCUUAUCAUGAAGCUGUUUAAAGGAGACUGAUGAUAUGUAUUACUAGGUCAUUUUUUAUAGAAAAACCUAACAUUUUAUAUAUGAAUUUUUUUAUUUAUUUGAAAGCUCAUGCAAAUUUUGCUUUUAUGGAUGAAUUGAUAGUGUUAUAAUCUUAUAUGUAUAUUGUAAUCAAAACAAAGAGUAAUGAAAUGACCUCAUCAAAUUAAAUUGUUAAAGAAG